AUGAAGGCUAGAUCAGUCCCGACUUCUAAUCCCACACCUCCCCAGCCUCUCCGCGACCGUCGUCGCCCUCUCUUCACUGCCCCGUCUGUCCUCCUCAUCUCUCUAACCCUGAUCCUGACCAUCACCCUCCUCCACCUCCACCCGGACGCAUCACCGGCCUUCCUCCACAUCCCCGGACGACCCCCGGCACCGGACGCUGCGCAAUCAGUCAUCCUGUACGCCUCGUCGUACUCUGGCACCGUCACCGCCCUCAUCCUCACCCUCACUUCAGAUGGCAACGCCACUCUGCGCCUUGUGUCCGAGUCGAAGGCUUGCGCGCCGAGCCCCUCAUGGCUGACGCUCGAUGCCAGUGACUCGGUGCUCUACUGUACCGAUGAGGGCCUGAUGGCCGAUCAUGGUUCCGUAUCUGCAUUCAAUGUUUCCAACGGCAGGCUCGCCCUGUUGGGGAAAGUUGACACUGUCAUCGGGCCCGUGAGUGCUGUAAAGUACGGCGACGAAGGCAGAGGCCUGGCCGUGGCGCAAUACAUUGGCUCCUCGCUCACAACCAUCAAUGUGACAACCCUCUCGGCCCUGACACUCCUCAACACCACAACCUUCACCCUCCCCUCACCAGGACCUGUGCCCUCCCGCCAGGAGGCACCUCAUCCGCACCAAGUAGCCAUCGACCCGACCGGCCGCUUCCUGCUUGUUCCAGACCUCGGCGCCGACCUCGUCCGGGUCUACCUUAUCGACUCAUCGACCCUCGCUCUCCACUCCAUCAAGCCUCUCAUCACCGCUCCCGGGAGCGGGCCCCGUCAUGUUGUCUUUUUUGAGUCUCCAACGGGAGCAACCUACCUCUAUCUUGUCACCGAACUCGCAAACACGAUCACAUCCUACGCCGUCUCGUACUUUGGUAACGACGAAAUUCGCUUCGACCGCGUUUUUCAGUGUCCCACCCACGGCGCCGGCAAUACGGUCCCUGAAGGUGCUGCCGCCGCUGAGAUAGCCAUUUCCCCGGACAAUCGGUUCCUCACCGUCUCGUCCCGCAACGAGCGCUCCUUCAUAAUUCCUAGUCCCGACGUCGAGGGCCCAGACGCCACUGGCGCCGGAGAUAUCGAGUCCGACUCCCUCAUCACCUACCUGAUCAGCCCUGAGACGGGUGAACUAGUCUUCCUACAAAAGUUUCCCGCCGGCGGGCUCAUUCCACGUCACUUCUCAACGAACGGGAAUGGGUCGCUCGUUGCCGUUGCAGUCCAGCAAGACGGCCGGGUAGUUAUCCUGAGGCGAAAUGCCGAGACGGGGCAACUCCAAGAGAUUAUUGCCAGUAUCAAGCUCGAGGGAGAGGUGACGGCUGUCAUCUUUGCCGACAAGUGUGGGGUUUGA